AAGCCAGAAGACUUUUCCCAGUGUCUGAAGGUGUUUGUGGAUGAAAUGGAGCAGUCCUUUACUGCAGAGUUUCAGAGGGGUGGGGAUGUGAGGGCCAGGCUGACCUCACUGCCCUUUCAGCCACAGAAGGAGCUGUUUAACAGGGUGUUUGGCUGUGGGAGCCAGUGUCCCUUCUGCAAGACCCCGUGUGAAGCAGGCGGCAAGAACCACACAGAGCACUUUGCUUCCAUUCACCGUCCAGAGGGGACUGGGUCAUACAGAUACACGGUUUCGGGUAAAUUAUCUGUUCAUGUCUGCUCCACCUGUGUUGUCAGUGAGGGAACAUUCUGUUCGAGUGAAACAGAGGGGAAAUACCAUCCAUACGAGGACUAUCGGAGCAUUUACCCUGACUGGCUCAUCCAGCCUGACAGCAGCAUCCAGGCCUCAGACUACUGGAAGUACGUCUUCAACAGGUUUAAUGAGCAGUUUGCCAAGGAAUAUGACGCUAAGCCUGCAGACAUCCCCUCUCUUUGGACAGAUAUAACCCAAGACCAAGCCAUGAAAAGCCUGGAGAAAUCCUUCCAGAUGAAAACAGGAGAUUAAAUGGGUGUUUCAGUAGGGUGAUCUACUGAUUGGAAUUAAUAUGAAAUAUUAUACUCACAGGUACAAGGAAUUCUUCCAGAU